UCUGUGGGAAAAUCCACUUCCAUAAACAGAAACACGGGGUUCCCUUCGCCUUUGGGGAAUGCAAUAUAAAGCAACUUAUAAUGGCAAACGUUAAAGCAGAGCUGCUCCUUGGAUCUGUCGCUCCGUGCUGUCCCCGUCCUCCAACAGAAGACUUUGAAGCUGAAUAAACGCCAGGAUGUCGGAGAAAAAGAUGUCAUCGAGUCGCAAGCAUCAUAUAAAGAGCUUGAUGCUGUCCAUCGCUAAGGGCUUACUGGAGGAGGAGGAGAAGGAGAGGGAGGAAGAGAGGAUCAGGUACAUGGAGGAGAGCUGUCCUCCUGUGUCCAUGCCCCGGAGCAUGCAGGAGCUGCAGGAGCUGUGCCGAGAGAUCCACCACAAGAUCGACGUGAUGGACGAGGAGCGGUACGACCUGAAUAUGAAGGUCACUAAAUCCGAUAAGGAGAUCGAUGACCUGAAGAUCAAGGUUCAGGAUCUUAUGGGAAAGUUCAAGAAGCCAGUCCUUAGGAAAGUCCGCAUGUCUGCAGACGCCAUGCUGAAGGCUCUGCUGGGCUCCAAACACACAGUGAACAUGGAGCUGAGGGCCAAUCUGAAGCAGGUCAAGAAGGAGGUCAAAGAGGAGGAUAAGGAUCUGCGAGACGUCGGUGACUGGCGUAAAAACAUCGAAGACAAAGCCGGCAUGGAUGGGAGGAAGAAGAUGUUUGAGACCGAGGCUUAAAGACCCAGAUUACACGAUACGUUAGAGACAUGUGAGCUGCACGGACCGAAUAAACCAACUGAAGGAGCCGUAUUAGUUUCACGAUUAUUCAUAAAAGCUGGAAUACGAUUGGUCUGACAGAAUUCAGAAACAUACAGUUUGGUGUUUUGGUGCAAAAGCCACAAGACAUAAUGUGAAAAAGCAUUAUUUACAAUAAAAAAUAUACCUGUUUUCUAUAUGAACUGAA